GCAAUACUAUCUGGACAUCAACCAUGCGUGUAUUUCUGAGUUCUCUUCUCUGUGCUGCUAUUCUUGGAUACCGGGCCGGAGCCGUUGUUAUUGACGACUUCAGCAUGACCAGCCAGAAGUUCUUAUCGUCUGGUGUUCCCGAAGGAUUCACGCUCGACUUGAAUGAGGAGAGACUUGUCCAGUUCGCCGAGGAUGACAAGCCUGUAUGGAUAACGGAACGGGAGAAGAUCCGAGCCAAAGCUUUGGGCCGGAAAUUCUUUGACAUAACCCAUACGCCGUGGUUCAAGCGUCCUCCAACAUCCCUCGCUCCUUCCCUUGCGUAUCCCGCACCAGACAAGCAAAAUCUGGUGAAUACCGUCAUCGCGAACUUAACGGUCGAUGGCAUGAUCAGCAACUUGCAGAAGUUCACAAGUUUCCGUACCCGAUACUAUCGUAGCGAGACGGGCAAAGAGAGUCAGAAGUGGCUUUUGAAUCGUAUCAGUGAGAUCACAGCCGAAUACGCCUCACCCUCCUUGACAUACCUAAUCACCCUCACUGAAUUCACACAUCCUUGGGGACAAAAUUCGAUCAUCCUGAAGAUUAAGGGCGCUUCUGAAGCGGCAGCAGUUGAGAACGGCACCGUGGUGAUCGGUGCCCACCAGGAUUCCGCCAAUACGAUUCCCUUCCUACCGGCGCCCGGCGCAGACGAUGAUGGGUCAGGAACCGUCACCAUCCUCGAGACAUAUAGAGGCCUGCUUGCCAGCAACUACACACCGGUGCAGGAUGUGGAAUUCCAUUGGUACUCAGCGGAGGAAGGUGGUCUGCUUGGAUCCCAGGCUGUGGCGCAGUCCUAUGCUCAGGAAAAUGUUAAUAUCCACUCUAUGGUUCAGUUUGAUAUGACGGCGUGGGUCAAGCGGGGAACGCGUGAAGAAAUCGGGAUUGUCACCGACUACGUUGAUGCCGAUCUCACCGAAUUCAUACGAACCCUCGUCAACACUUAUUGUGGUAUCCCAUAUGUCGACACACAAUGUGGGUAUGCAUGCUCUGACCAUGCCUCGUGGGGGAAGGCAGGGUAUCGUUCGGCAUUCGGCAUUGAGAGCACUUUUGACAAUUCGGAUAAGAAUAUCCACAGCACGAACGAUCGCAUGGAUAUUUCGGACGAGUUCAGCUUCGAUCACAUGCUGGAAUUCUCUAAGCUUGCUGUUGGCUAUAUCAUUGAAACUGCUGGGUGGUCCAAACUCUAGUCGCCUUACUCUCUGAUAUUCCUCCGUCGUGUGUACUCUCGCCAGCAAUGCUAUCGACUGUUUGAUCUUGGACGUGGCUUCCUGCGAUCUAAGCGGGAGCAUCGGGCCCUAUUUUCUUCCUGUCACCUAUCUACGAAUCCCUCGACAGGAUGCGGAGAUAGGUUGUCCACAAAUCCGCAUUCCGCGUUGCGCUCUCCGUCCGGAAGCCACUACACUAGGGCAUCAGGUCCACCUCCGCUUCAGGAUAGUCAAUGCACGUCCUGAUGGGAUAUUUCCAAGCGAAGGUUCGGUCGUAGCGAGGUAUCGUGAUCGGAUUGGAACGGGUCUCUAAU